ACAAUAGCGAGCGCCCAACGCCCCAACCCGCCUCUCCCCCCGUUCCCCACCCUCGACCGACUGCUUCCUCCUCCUCCUCCACCGCGCGAUCCUUAAGGCAUCAGCGGCGCCGCAACUUCGCAGAGGAGGAAGUCCGCGCCCCGGCCCCGAUCCGAUGGCCAACAGCAACCUCCCGCGCCGGAUCAUCAAGGAGACGCAGCGGCUGCUCAGCGAGCCAGCGCCGGGGAUCAGCGCGUCGCCCUCGGAGGAGAACAUGCGCUACUUCAACGUCAUGAUCCUUGGCCCGGCGCAGUCGCCCUAUGAAGGUGGAGUUUUUAAGCUUGAGCUCUUUUUACCUGAGGAAUAUCCAAUGGCUGCCCCAAAGGUUAGGUUUCUGACCAAGAUUUACCAUCCCAACAUUGACAAGCUUGGUAGGAUAUGCCUUGACAUUCUCAAGGACAAAUGGAGCCCAGCACUUCAGAUCCGAACAGUUCUUUUGAGUAUCCAGGCUCUCUUGAGUGCACCAAAUCCAGAUGACCCUCUGUCUGAUAACAUUGCAAAACACUGGAAAGCCAAUGAGGCUGAAGCUGUUGAAACAGCGAAGGAAUGGACUCGCCUGUAUGCGAGCGGUGCAUGACAACCCAGUGCUGUUCUUGAUGUAAUAACCCGUCAUACUUCAGUCCUAAUCUAUUGCCAUUUGCUUGAUGAGAACAGACUGGAGAUAUUUGCCAUGGAAGGAAGUCUCUAAAUGACUUACCGGUCGAAUUGUUUGGUUGUACACCUGUGGUCGGUUCCCUUUACCUUUGGGCACCUUUGACUAAUCAGUAUCUGUGGUAGAACUUUCUCUACUCCAAUAUAUUUAUUACUUCAUGUAGGAGAGUUUCUCAACUGUCCAUAUUGUUGAAACUGAGGCUUGUUACCUUGGCUGCA